UAUCUUCAUGGAGGGGAAAAAAGAGGUGUGGCAGAAUUGGUGAUAUUAUCCAACUUUUUACUUCACAAAUCUCAGAAGACAUUGUCUACUUCAUGGACUCCUACAGACAUCAUCUAAUACAGUAAGCAACAGUUCUGAUUUAAAAAUAAAAGAGAGAACUGAGUAAAUUCUGGGCUCCUGAAAUGUCUCCUUCCUUAAUCAUCAUGGGUGGGAGGACCAUCCAUCUUGCCUUGUGUUUGUUGAUUUUUCUCAAUAUCUUCCUGCUCACAUUGGAAGCAAGACCCAAGGGCCCUGGCCAUACACAUCUAAACUCAAUCCGCAUUGAUGGGGACAUCUCACUUGGAGGCCUGUUUCCAGUUCAUGCACGAGGUCAUAAUGGAAAGCCCUGUGGGGAGCUGAAGAAGGAGAAGGGCAUCCAUCGUCUGGAAGCCAUGCUUUUUGCUCUGGACCGUAUCAACAAUGACCAUGAGCUUCUCCCUAACAUCACACUGGGGGCCCGUAUUCUUGACACCUGUUCACGAGACACACAUGCUCUGGAGCAGUCGCUCACUUUUGUCCAGGCACUUAUAGAGAAGGAUGGCACAGAUGUGAAGUGUCAGGGAGGUGGCUCACCCAUCAUCACCAAGCCAGAGAGAGUUGUGGGAGUGAUUGGGGCUUCCUCCAGCUCCGUGUCCAUCAUGGUGGCUAACAUCCUCCGCCUCUUUAAGAUCCCUCAAGUGAGCUAUGCUUCCACAGCACCAGAGCUGAGUGACAACACCCGGUAUGAUUUCUUCUCUCGAGUGGUUCCUCCAGACACCUACCAGGCCCAGGCAAUGGUGGACAUUGUACGACACAUGGGGUGGAACUACGUUUCUACUGUAGCAUCCGAGGGAAAUUAUGGUGAAAGUGGGGUGGACGCCUUCAUCCAGAAGUCCCGUGAGGAUGGGAGUGUCUGCAUCUCCCAGUCAGUUAAGAUCCCUCGUGAACCCAAAACAGGAGAAUUUGAGAAGAUUAUUCAUCGCUUGGUAGAAAACCCAAAUGCCAGAGUAGUCAUUAUUUUUGCAAAUGAGGAUGAUAUAAGGAGGCUGCUGCAGGCAGCAAAGAAAGCCAAUUUGACUGGUCACCUUUUGUGGGUAGGAUCAGAUAGCUGGGGUUCUAAAAUUUCUCCUGUGCUUCACCAAGAGGAGAUGGCUGAGGGUGCAGUGACUAUCCUACCUAAGCGCCAGUCCAUUAAAGGGUUUGAUCGUUAUUUCAUCAGCCGGACACUAGAAAAUAACAGGAGGAACAUCUGGUUUGCUGAGUUCUGGGAGAAUAAUUUCAACUGCAAGCUCAAUCGGCAUGCCUUGAAGAAAGGAUCGGGCAUAAAGAAAUGUACAAAUCAAGAGAGGAUUGGAAAAGACUCUACGUAUGAGCAAGAGGGAAAAGUAAUGUUUGUGAUUGAUGCUGUAUACACUAUGGCCCAUGCUCUCCAUAACAUGCACAGAGACCUAUGUCCUGCCAAGGUGGGACUUUGUUCCAGAAUGGACCCUAUCGAUGGAAGCCUCCUAUUAAAGUACAUCCGUGAAGUGAGGAUAACAGGCAUAGCUGGAAAUCCUGUGCAGUUCAAUGAGAAUGGGGAUGCUCCUGGCCGCUAUGAUAUCUACCAAUACCAGAUAAAUAACAAAACAGCAGAGUACAAAAUCAUUGGCCAGUGGACUGACCAACUCCAUCUUAAUAUACCAGAGAUGCAGUGGCCAGGUGGUAUAAAGCAAAUACCCUCCUCCAUCUGCAGUCAGCCAUGCAAACCAGGCUGGCGUAAGAAGGUUGUGAAAGGCAUCCCAUGCUGCUGGCAUUGCGAGCGCUGUGAUGGCUACCAGUACCAGGCGGACCCAUUCACCUGUAAAAUGUGCCGCUUUGACUUGCGCCCCAACAAGAACCAUACAAGUUGCCAGCCAAUCCCGAUCAUAAAGUUGGAAUGGAGCUCACCAUGGGCUGUCAUACCUGUUCUCCUUGCCAUCAUGGGCAUUAUGGCCACCUUGUUUGUGGUGGUCACCUUCAUACGCUACAAUGACACUCCAAUUGUGAAGGCAUCAGGAAGGGAGCUCAGCUAUGUCCUGCUUACAGGCAUUUUUCUUUGCUAUGCCACUACAUUCCUCAUGAUAUCAUCUCCUGAUGUUGGGAUCUGCUCACUCCGACGCAUUUUCCUAGGACUCGGAAUGAGUAUUAGCUAUGCUGCAUUGCUAACCAAGACCAACCGUAUUUAUCGUAUUUUUGAGCAGGGAAAGAUGUCAGUGAGUGCCCCACGUUUCAUAAGCCCAGCAUCCCAGUUGUUGAUCACUUUUAGCCUGAUCUCAGUCCAGCUAUUAGGGGUUUGCAUUUGGUUUGUAGUGGACCCUCCUCAGGCUUUUGUGGACUAUGAGGAUCAGCGCAUGGCAAAUCCAGAGCUGGCACGGGGUGUGCUCAAGUGUGACAUCUCUGACUUGUCACUCAUCUGCCUGCUGGGGUACAGUAUGCUGCUAAUGGUCACAUGCACAGUCUAUGCCAUAAAGACACGUGGGGUGCCAGAGACCUUCAAUGAGGCAAAGCCCAUCGGCUUUACCAUGUACACAACCUGCAUUAUCUGGCUGGCCUUCAUACCCAUCUUCUUCGGCACGUCACAGUCCACAGAAAAGAUGUACAUCCAGACAACAACUUUAACCAUCUCAGUGAGUCUGAGUGCUUCUGUGUCUCUGGGACUGCUCUACGUCCCCAAAAUAUAUGUGGUGCUCCUCCACCCUGAGCAGAAUGUGGCCAAGCGGAGCACACGCAGCCUGAAGGCCGUGGUCACUGCCGCCACCAUGUCCAACAAAUUCAACCCGAAGGCCAGCCUGCGGCCUAAUGGAGAGGCCAAGACCGAGCUGUGUGAGAACCUGGAAACUCAAGGUAAGAGGGUUUAAAGGGAAAGAUAUGGCUGUCCUCCUUAAUUUGAACACAGAGCUGGUUCCAGUUAUAGGCAUCAUAGGCAGUUGCCUAGGGCCUCUAUAUUGCCUGGGGCAACUUAAAUGCUCUGGAUCAAUGGAAACAGCCAAUUCGUUAUUUUAUUUGAAGUAACCAUUUUAUCAUGGUCAGGGUUGCAGUGGAUUGCAGGGCACAUACACAUACCCAUUUACAUUUGCACACUCAUUCACACC